AUGCGCUCCUUCGCCAUCCUCUCCGCUGCCGGCCUCGCCGCCGCCCAGUUCACCUCCAUCGUCAUCACCGACGGCAUCACCGCCACCGUGACCCUCCCGGUCUUCCCUGAGCCCACCGCCACGGCCAUCGUGACCGAGACCGUCCCCUUGACCACCGUCACCGCUUCCCCCGAGCCUUCGGUCUCCACCACCGUCACCGUCCCGGAGGGCACCACCACCGUCUCCGAGGGCCUCACCACCGUCCCAGGAGGAGGCUUGACCACCACCACCCAGGUCGUCGUCAGCGACCCUCCCGUCACCGUGACGACUGCCAUCGUCGUCCCCACCGGAACCGACCCCGUCGAGACUCUCCCUACCAUUACCGACUCUGCCAUUCCUUCCAUCACCGCCGUCAUUCCUCCCAUCAUCAACACUACUCUCUCAACCCUCACCCAGACGUACUUCACCUCGUCUCCCAACGCCACCACCACCGGCCCCGUCACCGUGCCCACCGCUGCCGCCGACAAGGUCCAGAGCUCUGCUGCUGGCCUGAUUGCCUUUGGCAUUGCCAGCUUCUUCCUUUUGUAA